AUGAGCCUCAAAGAUGAUAAAGACCAAGUUCUUCAUCAAACUAUUCUUGAUGUUCAUCCAGAUCCCUAUGCCACUUCUGCAGAAAUGGGUGAAGUCCCAAAGUCUACUUUUGAGUCUAGAUCGCCUGAAGGUGAUUUACUAAUAUAUCAGCCUUUUAAACUGCUAAAGCAAACUGAAGAUCGGUAUAAAGAUGAUAAAAUACUCAAAGGUCUACUAAAUUGCGACGGUUUUGAAUUUAUUGCUCCUGAUACAAAAUUCAGACAAUCCUUAUUAUAUGAUUUACUUUUUGAUUAUGAAAAAGACGAACAAACUCGCUGUGAAAUUUUAAUUUUAGUAGCAGUAGAUGUGCUCGAUGUAAACACCUACAAAGAAACAAUGCUAGGAAUAACCGCAAAUCUUGAAUAUUUUCGUCAAGUUGGCCUUCAAACAGAAAAAAUCUGUUGUAUUGUUAUAAUUGAUGGGAUGGAAAAUUUUAUGAGAACUUAUAAGAAUCAAUGUGACUAUUUUAAGCAAUUUUUUGAUCAAGAUCUUAUUAAAGAUUUUUUUCAUGUAGAAGAUUUAAGAGAUUGCAAAGUUAAUGGAGGGAAUUCUGACGAUGAUCUGCUCCAUUGUUUCAUGAAAAAUGCUAUUUUUGAUAAUUCAAAUAUAAAACUUCAAAUGGUUUUUGCAAUAAAACAAGAGCGCAGCUUGAAGCUAAACACCCAUUUAUGAUUCUUUGGAGGAUUCUGCCAGAUGAUUAACCCAGGCUAUGUUAUGUUGCUAGAAGCAGGGACAAGGCCUAUGCCUAAAGCGCUAUUUUAUUUAUAUGAAGCUUUAAGAAUUGAUGACCAUUUAGCAGGCUGUUGUGGAGAGCUUAAAGUUGAAGAUAAAACCUACUGAAACCUCGCCUUAGGAGCCCAAGCUGCUGAAUAUAAAUUUAACCAUAUUUUUAACAAAUCUUUUGAGAGUUUAACAGGCUAUGUUUCCGAAAUGCCUAGUUCUUUUAGUGCUUAUCAAUGAAACGCUCUCCAAGGCGACCCUCUUUGAAAAUACUAUUUCAAGCCUUUUACCCAGCCUGAAAAAAUGACUCCAUACCAAGCAAGUAUUUAUUCUUAUGAAAGCGAAGUUUUGACUCUUGCACUUGUGGCUAAACAUAAGUGCAAUUAUACAUUAAGGUAUGUUAAAAGGGCUACAGCAAAAACUACAGUCCCUACGUCAAUUAUUGAUCUUAUGAUACAAAGAAGAUGCUGGAUUAAUUGGAGAUGGCACUUAUUGGUUGAUCUAUUCAAAACUUUUGACUUGAUUUCUAAGUCAAAACAUGAAGGCUUUAGAUCGUUAGCACUUAGAUUUAAAGUUCUUGUGUACUUUUUAGAUACUUUAUGUAUAUGGUUUUCUGUGGCUGGGCUAUAUAUGGCAUUUGCAUAUUGUCUUAGGCAAACUUAUAGAGAUGAAUCAAGAGAAAGUAAUAUAUAUGGAUGAGGAAAUUAUGUUAUAUUGCUUUACAUUUUUCAAAUAAUUGUGAUUUUUUCACUGUCGUUGUCUGCAAGCAUUGAUAGACUGAAAGGAGAGUUUAAAAUAUUAUCAUCAAUACAAGGAGCUUUUAUAAUAUUUUUCAUUUCUCUGCAAAUAAAAAUAAUUUUGAAUGGAGAUCCAUACACUGAGUGAAAAAUAGGGUUUACACUGAUAAUACUUGCAGGGGUGCUGCUUAAUGUAAUAUUGCAUUGCUCGGUUUUUGAGAUCGCCAAAGGUAUAGCACAUUUAACAUUCCUUAGUAGCUCCAGAAGAAAUAAAAUGGUGAUGUUGAUGGAAAUUAGUUUCAGAAGCGGGCUUCUUAUGGAGCUGGUAGGACCCAUACUGAUAGAGCUGAAAAUAGUCCUUCUGUCUCUUUUUGAGUAGGUUUUCAGCUUGAAGAUACCUUGCCGAAAAGGAAAGUUUUGCUUCUACCCCAAAGGUUUUAUGGCCCUGCCAGAUGGGCUAGACAGGCUUACCUGCCAUAUGGUCUUAUCUCAUCUGAACCAUUCACAAACGAUUGCUCUGCUCAAGAGAGCUAAUCCCUGGACAGGUGGCACCAAAAGUUAAAUUUAAAAUUAAGGCCAUAAGCUGAUAGAGCACUAGCCAUCUAUCAGGCUUAAACCUACCUAAACUACAGAAUAACUCCCUAGGUUAGAGCCACCUCUUUGAAUGCUCAAUUAGCUCUGAUAAGCAAAUACUAAGUAGGAGGCAAAGCCUGUCUAGCAUAAUGGCAGGACAGGGAAAACCUUCGGAGGAGAAACAAAGCUUCCAUCUUCGACAAGCAUUUCCAAGCCCGAAGGCCGACUUCAAAAAGCGACAGAGAUACUAUUUCCAACGUCAUCGGGAUGAACCCUACUAAUUAGUAGGGAGUGUUUAUCGGAUUCAUCUUCCGUCGAAAUCAACAUUUUAUUUCUGUCGGAAAUCCAAAAGGGCGACCUUUAAUUGGUGGCGGCUAGUGGUGAGAUCCACUCACGGCCAGCAUAAUCCUUUUUACUAAUUAGCAGCUCCUACAUAAAUAUAUUUUUAAUAAAUGCAAUUUGCAAUACUCAAGAAAAUUCAUUAGUCCCUAUAAACUUAAAAAUUGACGAAGAGCAAGCUUCUGAUUAUUUUAUGUACCGAACCAAAUGCACAUUAGUAUGGGCUUUAAGCAAUGCUACUCUGGCAUAUUUUUUAAACCUAUUUGAUCUACAGCAUAACACUGAAGAAUAUUGAUUAUUGUAUUUAAUGGGUAUAAUUGGUGCAGUUUUAUUAGCUGUGCGAAUUCUUGCAGCAUUUAUUUAUAUUUUAAAUGAAUAUUUUACAAGCUGUUUCUGUAAAAAAAAUAUAAGUAUUGAUGAAAAUUAUCGUCCAAUCCAAGUUAAAAGAGUAAGAUACUCGAAAAAAAAUCCAGAACGUAUUGAAAAAGACAUUAUUAUAGAUGAAAUUGGUUUUAAUCCUGAAAGAAUUUGUAAUGAUAAAGAUCAAGAAUAUAUCAUGAAAUUGAACAACCUUAAUGCUGGGAAAUUUUCUUUAAGUACAAGCAAAGCACAAGAGUUGUCUUUAUUGGAUGAAAGCUAUAAAAGAUAUGGGGACAUUAAUGGGGAUUAUAUAAGGUCUAUUAGAAGAAGAAAAGGGCUGAGCGUUAAUCAAGUAUCAAAAAUAACAAAAAUUGAUAAAUAUAGGCUGAAAAUUAUUGAAAAUAACAUCGAUAAGCCUACUCCUGAAGAAGCAGCAAUUUUAAGGUACUAUAUUAAUAAUGAAAAUACUCAAGAGCCAUAA